UGAUGGAUCCAGAGACUGCACUGCAAUUGAUUUCUAAGAAAUACACUAGGUUACAACCUGCGGCCAUCUUUUAAGGCCCAGGACAUCUCUCUCACUGUUCUCCAGUUAACUGCCUAUUGGCAGGGUGAGGCCGCCACAGUCGUGCUGACUUCCUCAUAGGGCCAAGUAGCCCUAGUUCGCACCCAUCUCUACAGCAUCUACGCAUAUCAGCUGUACGCUUUAGCCCCACCCACUCGUGGGUGACUGCUCUGUUUACCGAGCCACACAGGCUUACCUGGGCCCAUCCUAGUCCACGGUGAGUCAGCUGAACAAGGGGCGGGCACCACCCUUCCCAGAGCAGGAACCCAACUGGGACACAGGCGACCAGCACAUGCCAGGAGGCUGCAGUGGCUGGAGAAGAGGACAGCGUGCGGAGCCAGCAGGAUAGAUGAGUUGUCCACAGGAACAAGUGGGAGUCCCAGAGUUCCAGCAGUUUGGAACAAAGUGUUCUUAUUCUUGUGUUUCCAGAGGCAGCUAUGUCUGUCCUGUAUCCGUCUCUGGAGGAUCUGAAGGUGGGCCAAGUCAUCCAGGCCCAGGGCAGAGCCUCACCCACGAUGCCAACUCUGCCAGCCCCGAUGGCUUCUGCACCCCCACUUUCAGAGUUGUAUCCAAACCUGGCAGAACUGGAAAGUUAUAUGGGACUGUCCCUCUCUAGCCAAGAAGUUCAGAAGAACCUGACUCAGAUUCCAGAUAGUGACAAUAUGGUGGUCACUAGCCCUGGACCUGGCCAGGUGGUAGCUCCAGUAUCUGGGAACAACCUGGGUAUACUGCGUGCAGAGAUCAAGCCUGGCGUGCGAGAGAUCCACCUGUGCAAGGAUGAACGUGGCAAGACUGGACUUCGCCUGCAGGCUGUUGACAAGGGGCUCUUUGUGCAGCUGGUCCAGGCCAACACCCCUGCAUCCCUUGUGGGUUUGCGCUUUGGGGACCAGAUCCUGCAAAUUGAUGGCUGUGACUGUGCUGGGUGGAACACACACAAAGCUCACAAGGUGUUGAAGAAGGCAUCAGCGGAGAAGAUUGUCAUGGUUAUUCGGGACAGGCCAUUCCAGAGGACUGUCACCAUGCACAAAGACAGCUCAGGGCAAGUUGGCUUUUCCAUCAAAAAGGGGAAGAUCGUGUCUGUGGUAAAGGGAAGCUCCGCCGCCCGCAAUGGACUUCUAACCAACCACUAUGUGUGUGAGGUGAACGGACAGAACGUCAUUGGGCUAAAGGACAAAAAGGUUACUGAGAUUCUGACCACAGCUGGAGAUGUCAUCACACUGACCAUUAUUCCCACUGUGAUCUACGAGCAUAUGAUCAAAAGGUUGUCCCCGUUGCUGCUUCACCACACCAUGGACCACUCCAUUCCAGACACCUGAAGUUCCAGGAGGGCAGCGCAGGCUUCCCGCCAUCCUGCAGGGAAGACAGCAGUCCUCAGAUGACAGGUUGCAGCUGGCUUGCUGCCUGGGUAUUGCAGGGAUGUGUCCCAGGUGAUGUAUAUUGAGUCUGUCAUUGCCGAUUUUAGGCCUCCUUGGAUCCUGACUUCUAGCUGUGCUGAGGCACAGACUUGGGACCUGGUUCUCUGUGCCCUAGAUGCUGGGCACUUAGGCAGAACAGCAGAAUGUCACUAAGUGCUGCUGCAUCCUUUUGCAGACCUUGCCUCAUCUAGGCAGUCAGACGCUUGAUUGGACAGAGGAAUGCCUUGUGUGUUGUCUUCGUCAAUCUUUGUCACAGGCUAUGUACAGACUAAUGGUAACCCUUCACUGUCUUUUGAAUAAAGAGUGGAUUUAAAACCCA